GGUGGUUAUAUCUAAAACAACUUAUACUAAGCGUGUCAUCUAUUUCUGCUAGGUAUUUUAUACUAAAUUUAAUGGCACUAUUUAUCUAUUUUUACUUUACCCAUAUUUAUUAUAAUUAUGUAUGCGCAGUAAGAUACAGUUCACUCAUUUUAUUACUACAAAUUUGUUGGGUAUAGUACGUGUUAUAUCAAAAUAAAGACACUUUAUAGAUCUUUUAUUUUAAUUAUUUUAUGUAUAUUGUCUGUACGUAUCCUUGUUCUUUACCAAAAGAAAAAAUAAAACUAUUUGCAAAACGUCAAAUGGCUGGUCAAAUAGAAAUUUCACCUGUCAAAAACAGGUGACUGAUAGUAAAAUUAGAUUUCGUUUUUUACAAAAUUUAAUGAAAGUACCAGACAUACACACUUUCAAUAUAUAUUAUAAUUCUCUUUGAUACACACAUUUUAGGAUGACUACACAAUUAUUUUUACGUUAGGAUUGUGCCCGAUUACAGUUAUUAAAAAAAAACAACUAGGGUAUUAUUAAUUCAGUAGUUUCUUUUCGAUGGGAGGAUUUAAGUAUAAUAAUUUAAAAGUAUAGGUGUUACUCUUUGGAUUUGGAACAAUUUUUUUUAAGAAUUACGUGCAUAUUUUAUUUAUUUUGUGGGUUAUGGCUUAUAUGUGAAACAUAUUAUACCAAUUUGUGCACAAAAAACUAUAGGAAUUAACAAGUCAGAUACAUCAUCGGAAUUUCAUCGGCAAUUCUGAAAAGAUCGAAGUGAAAAUGACUAAAAACAUAUUGAACUUACCGGUUGAUAUUUUAGUAAAUGUACUAAAAAAACUUGGGCUAUCCGAUUUACGAAAUGUUAUUCUUACAUGCAAAACAUUAAGAAGUUUAGUAGUUAAUGACAAUACCAUAUGGAGAUCAAUUUGUCGUGACAAACUUAUAUUGGAGGACCCAUUGCAUAAUAGGAGUAACAAUGAACAAAAUUGGUAUAACCGUUGUAGAAUAUCCAAUAAUUGGUGCAGUGGAUACUUCAAGAAUAAGGUAAUUGUCCAGUUCCAUUCAAAUUAUAUGCCAUGGCUGAAACUUCACAAUUCAGAAAUAUUGGCAGUAUCUAAAGGAUCUGAACUUCUGUGCUAUGCAGUAGACAGAAAAAAAAUACCAAAUAGCAAAAGCACCUGUUGGACAUUGUCCGUCCCAACAGUGAGUAGAAAUGAUGUGCGCACUCACGAUAUAUCAAGAUUUGUUAUCAGAAACAACACUUUGGUAUGUGGAAAUAGGGAUGGGAGCACGGCCGUAUACAAAAUACCAUAUUACAAACAAAAACCAUUAUUGUUGCAUCACAUACAAGAUUGUCAUGAGAAUGGUCAAGUGGAAGUGUCUGCUGUUGAGUUGAUUGAAACAAGUGAUUUUUGUUAUAUUGUCACUGCCUCAAAUAACAGCCAGAAUAUAAUCUUUUGGCAAUCAAAUGAAAAUGGCUACAACAUAACAGACAGUAUAAUGGACAUACCCAUCCACAAUGGUGAAGGCGUGAGAUGUAUGGCUGUAAAUAAUGUAAUGGAUAAACUUGCCAUCGGUCUUGAUGGAAACAGUAAGCCCCUUUUGCUUGACAUUCAUAUAGGUAAAUAUUUAAUGACUGCAGAUUCAACUAGAAACUCUAAACAAGCAAUACGUGACAUUGGUUGGCAUAACAACAAUACUAUUAUGUACGUUACGCAUUCUGGAAUGCUGCAUCUUAUGGACACCAGGACCAAUGACUUUGUAUUUAAUGUGAAAGAUCCUUUUUUGUCGACAUUGUAUUGCAUAAAAUCGGACAAUAAAAAUGCAAUCGUUGUAGGCUCAUCAGAAUAUUCGCGUUGCGUCUUAUUUGAUGCCCGAAACUGCACAAAACACGUCCAGAUAUACUUUACACAGACGCGGCCUUCGCCUGUAUAUUGUUUAGAUUUUGACUCCACCAGACUGUUAACGGCGGUUGAUCGAGGAAUAUCUGCUUUGAAUUUUAAUAUAAAUACGUUCAACGUACAAGCCCGCGACUAUUCUCAUGUUUUUCAAUCGUGAUUUUUCGAAAGAAAUAAAGGAAUUAUGUAUAUAAAUUCA